CUUCAGUGAACAAUUACUUCAUCAGAGAUGAAGGGUCUCAUCGGUGUUGGUAUCCUGCUUCUCAUAGCUAUUGCGAGCUCUGCAGCCCAUUUCCUCCCUGGGCCCCUCGUACCACCUAUCUUACCUAAACCCCCCGUCGUUCCUGAGCCUCACAUCCCUAAACCCCCCCUCGUCCCUGAGCCUCACAUCAGCCCUGAGCCUCACGUCCACCGGGAACAUCAUGAACACCAUGAACACCACGUCGACCAUAAACCCCACGUCGACCAUGAGCGUUACGUUGUUCAUACUGAAAAGGGACGUGUUCGAGGUUCACUUAGAGACUCGGUAUCAAAAUCCACCAAAUACUGUAGUUUCAGAGGAAUUCCUUACGCGAAACCACCAGUGAAAGAGCUUAAGUUUAGGGAACCCGUCGAGGUUGAACCAUGGAAACAUGUGUUAGAGUGUACUAAGGAGAAACCUGUAUGCCUGCAACGUAUUGGCAUGAACGAAACCAUAGUCGGAGAAGAAGACUGCCUCUAUAUUGAUGUCCACACACCUCACACGGAUCUCAAAAACAUCAAAGAAAAGAAAGCAGUCUUAGUAUGGAUCUACGGCCCAGGACUGAUGACGGGAUACUCUGUUCAUGAUCGAAUCGCUCAUGAGCAUUUCAUCGAAGAAGACGUUGUCGUAGUAAAAAUUCAACAUCGUUUGGACGUUUUAGGAUACUUGGCAUUGGAUGUCAAGGGCGUACGAGGUAAUGCGGGUCUGAAGGAUCAGAACUUGGCUUUGCGAUGGGUUCAAAAGAACAUCGAGAAAUUCGGUGGCGAUCCGGACAGAAUAACUUUGUUCGGAGAAGGUUUGAGCAGUGCUCAUGUUGGCUACCACAUGCUCCUGCCUCAUUCCAAAGGUUUGUUCCACAAAACUAUUCACCAUAGUGGUACCCCACUCUGCCCAUGGGCAUUCAAGAACCGGAAUGAAAUAAUCGAAUCCGCGCUGAAACUUGGUGAAAUCGUCGGAGCUCCUACACAUAGUCACGAAGCACUCUUGGAACACUUGGAAAAGCUUUCCGCUACGGAACUUCUACGAAAACUUCAUACCGCCAACUUGCUGCCGUCUCCAAUUUCUUUGGAAUUCGGUGUUACUAUUGAGGAAUGGUUGACCGCUACUCCUAUCGAGCUGCUCAAGAGCGGAAAGAUCCACAAAGGCCCGGUGAUGCUUGGUUUCAACAAGCUCGAGCCGACCAUACUUGCUGCAGGUACCGAUUAUGUCAAGUCUGCCAUGUCUUCCGUUCUGGAAAGUCUCACUAAGACAAUCCCUAUACUCGAAAUUCCUAUUCGAGGCGUUAUCGACAUCGUGACUAAAUUUUUCGAACAAGCAAAUGUGGCAGAGUUUACCACUGCUUACUUCUUCUCUACUGCGGUUGACCUCAUGCAAAGAUAUGUGGUCAAGGCUGCAGAAGACGUGCCAGUGCUAUUCUAUCGUCUGUCCAUCGAGAAAGAAGAAAAGGAUUUGCACGAACUCUACGACACCGUUGUGGAUGUUGGCGAGAAAGUCAGUGAAGAACUUAGCGUUUUGUUCGGUCGUCAAGUAUCACACUCUAGGAAAGACAACAACAAACUCAAUCAGUGGCGCAAGAAGAUGGCGGGAAUUUGGAUUAGUUUCACAAAAGACAUCAAAUCGUCUGUAUCAUCCAAGGCUACUGGUGGCGUGGAAUGGCUUCCCUCUGGAUCGGAUGGAAAACAAUUAGACAUCAGCGAAGAGUUCUCCAUGGGCUCACGUUUGCUCAGCGAAGUAUACAUUACUAUGGAAAAGAUACAUGAAUUUCUAAUGUCGUUUAGCAGAACGAACGACGGCAAAUCUGAUGACGAUAAGACCGCCAAACACGGUGACAAUAAGAACGACAGCCACGGUGAUAGACACGAUGACAAUAAGAAUCAUAGCCACAGUGGCACACAUAGAGACCAUGAAACAGAUCAGCACAGUGGCAAACAUGACAACAAGAGCGGCAGUCACGAUGGCAGACAUAGUGAUAAUGACAGCGGCAGUCACGGUGGUAAAAAUAGUGAUGAUAAGACCCAUAGCCACAGUGGCACACAUGGACACCAUGAAACAGAUCAGCACAGUGGCAAACAUGAUAACAAGAGCAGCAGCCACAGUGGUCAACAUAGUGACGAUAAGAGCAAUAGUCAUGGUGGUAAGAAUAAUGACAACCAUGGUGGUAGACAUAGUGACAAUGAUAGUGGCAGCCACAGUGGUAAACAUAACAACGGUAAGAGCGGCAGCGAAAAUGGCAGACAUGAAGACAAUGAGGACGACAGUCAUGGUGGUAAGAAGAAUGACAAUAAGAGCGGUAGCCACGAUGGUAAGAAGAAUGACAACAAGAGCGGUAGCCACGAUGGUAAGAAUAAUGACAAUAAGAGUGGCAACCACGGAAGUGAACAUGGCGGUAAGAGCGGCAGCGAAAAUGGAAGACAUGAAGACAAUAAGAACGGCAGCCAUGGUGGUAAACAUAGUGACGGUAAGAGCGGCAGCCAAAAUGGCAGACAUGAAGACAAUGAGAACGGUCAGAGUAGUAAUCAAGGUGGCAAUCACAAAGACGGUCAGAGUGAUAAUCACGAUGGCAGUCAAAGCAACGGCAAGAGUGGAAGUCAAAGCAACGGCAAGAGUGGCAGCAAGAGUAGUAGCCAGGAUGGCAGUCAAAGCAACGGCAAGAGUGGAAGUCAAAGUGGCAGCAAGAGUAGCAGCCAGGAUAGCAGCCAGAGUGGCAACAAGAGUAGCAGCCAGAAUAGCAGCCACAGUGGCAGCCAGAGUGGCAGCAAGAGCAGCAGCCAGGAUAGCAGCCAGAGUGGCAACAAGAGUAGCAGCCAGGAUAGCAGCCAGAGUGGCAGUCAAAGCAACGGCAAGAGUGGAAGUCAAAGUGGCAGCCAGAGUGGCAGCAAGAGUAGCAGCGAGGAUAACAGCGAGAGUAGCAGCAAGAGUAGCAGCCAGGAUAGCAGCGAGAUUAGCAACAAGAGUGGCAGUGAGAGUAGCAGCGAGAAUAACAACGAUUGUGGUAGCGAAAGUAGCAGCAAGAGUAGCAGUCAAAGCGGCAGUCAAAGCGGCAGUCAAAGUGGCAGUCAAAGUACCAGUCAAAGCGGCAGUCAAAGUGGCAGUCAAAGUACCAGUCAAGGUGGCAGUCAAAGUACCAGUCAAAGUGGCAGUCAAAGUGGCAGUCAGAGCAGUAGUUCCUCCGGCAAUGCCGGUGGUAAUGAGAGUAAUGGCCAAGUUAGUUGGACAGGUGGCAACAAUGGUAGAACCAUCGUUUGGACUAACCAUGUCAUCAAUGGUACCAAUACUACUUCUGGUAUCAAUGGUAGCAAGGAUGGUAACCAGAAUGGUGGUGAAAGUGGCAUUCAAAGCGGCAGUCAAAGUGGCAGUCAAAGUACCAGUCAAAGCGGCAGUACCGGUGGUAAUGGCAUCAAUGGCCAAGGUAGUAGUACCAGUGGCAACGGCGAUGGCAUGAAGUGGACUACCCGUGUCAUCAAUGGUACCAAUAGUUCUUCGAGUACCAAUGGGAGCAAAGACGGCAAUCAGAGCAGUAGUUCCUCCGGCAAUGCCGGUGGUAAUGAGAGUAAUGGUCAAGUUAGUUGGACAGGUGGCAACAAUGGUCGUACCAUCGUUUGGACUAGCCACGUCAUCAAUGGUACCAAUACUACUUCUAGUACGAAUGGUAGCAAGGAUGGUAACCAGAAUGGUGGUGAAAGUGGCAGUCAGAGCGGUCGUGUUUCCGGCAAUGUCGGUGGUAAUGGAAGCAAUGGCCAAGGUAGUAGUACCAGUAUCAACAACGAUGGCACACACUGGACUACCCGUAUCAACAACGAUGGCACACACUGGACUACCCGUGUCAUCAAUGGUACCAGUAGUUCUUUGAAUAGCAAUGGCAGCAAGGAUGGCAAUUAGAAUGGUAGUCAAAGUGGCGGU